UAAAAUUCAUAAAAUAUAAUUUGACUGUUUAUAUGAUUACCUUCAUUUGUUGUCCAUUACUUAAAAAACACGAUAAAUUAUAAUCAUACAGUGGCAAAUACAUGCGUGUAAUUCAAAAGUGGACACUUUUAAAUUCGCGAUUAACAAUACUAUCAACGGGAAAGAGUUUUAUUAUUAAUAUUUACAAUACAUCAAACGGAUAUUCAUAGUUUUCGACCGAUUUAUUAGCUUUUAAAAUAUUAUGCUGGCAGCAUGUACAUUUUUGUUUGGUCGCCUGGUAGGGAAUUCACCAUAUAUCGCGUUGAUUGCUAAAACAAAAUUCUAUACCAGUUAUUCGUUGAUAUCGAACAUUUAUAAUAGUUGAUUUUCACGAUCGCAAAAUAUAUCGUUUCGAAUAUUAGAAUUCACCGAAGAACCUACGAGAAAUAAUGGCUUACCGGGCACACAUUAUGAGCAAUCAUUGCAAGGACAUCACGAACCGUAGAACAAAGAGUGCUUGGUUCCUUAAAUGUGUGGGAUGCAACACUAGACGGAUUUACUCAUCGCAUGUGUACAAGUGCACUGUGUGUAAGGUGUCCAUACACAAACGUUGUUGGGAAUUCGGUCAGUGCUGCGCGAUCAAGGCUGCAAACGAACGGUCGGCCACUAUCGCCACUGAAGUUGAAGUCUCCGAGAACGCGGGACCAUCUGCACGGAUGAUGGUGGACUUACACGAAGUCUCGACGGAGACAACCAAAAUGCAUUUGGUAGAUAAUUCAAUGCUGACGGACGUAUUCGACCAAUUACACGUCUCAACUGAAACCGAUGUGUUGGACCAGUGUCACACAACAACUCAGACCGAGAUAUUAGACAAGUCUCACGUGUCGACUGAGAUCGAUGUGCUCGACCAGUGUCACGCAUCGGUUCAGACCGAAAUAUUGGACUCGUGUGAUGUGUCGACUGAGACCGAUAUGUUCGACCAAUAUCACGCAUCGGCUCAGACCGAAAAAUUGAACCCGUGUCAUGUGUCAGCUCAGACCGAUGUGCUGGAUUUAGCCCAGUGUCACGUGUCGAGCCAAACUGAACUUGGAUAUGACCCUUUACUGAUCGUCAACGAAAGUGCAGUUUCUCCCGGAGAUGUUCCGAUGUGCGAAAAAAUCCACAGUGGACCGGCGAUGGCAUCAAACAGAAAUGCUCUUGAGUUAUUGUCCUUUCCAAAUGGUGGACCAGAGGCUGGUGACACGGACGACGGAACAACCGUAUUGAACGUAGACCGUAUGAGUUCGAGGACAGAACUCACAAAAGAAAUUACAAUGACGGCCAAACAACGGAUGCGUAAAAUCAAAGUAGAGAAGAACAUCGCGUUGAAAGUGAACACGGAUGCCGUAUCUGCGCUACAAGAAUUGUGUAUGGCUCGAUGGUGGAAAAUACCGGAGUAUCAUUCAUGUGUUAAAAUAGCUGAUAACCAUUUUCAAAUAGAAUGCUCUUUAAGAGGGUACACGAUCAAAGGCGAAGGAUGGUCAAAAAAAGAGGCUAAACGUCAGGCAGCCUACAAUGUGUACAUGGUCGUUAAAAAUCAAGAUUAGCUUCGUUGUAUUGAAAUUGAACGUGAGAUGAGCGAGGAUGUGAUUUUUCGGCUGCAUCCGAAUCGGGUCCCGAAUUAUUUUAGGUACACUCAGAAAAAUAUGUUUCAAUGUUUUAAUGAAAUGGAAUCAUUAUUUUGAAGU